AUGGACGAAAGUUUUGAAGAAUUGGCAGACAUUCCUCAUGAUGCUCGUGCUGCUACAAAACAUGUCUUGAGUAUUUUACUAGACAAGAUCCAUCCGUUAACGCAAUGUUUGCGUAACAAAUUAUUGUCUUACGACGGUGACGAAGAGAAUAUUACAAAAGUUCGAGAUGUUUACACAUUAUGUUCGAGCCAAAUCAAUAAAUGUUUGAUCAGUUUAUUCGACAUCUUCAAAGUCGAAGCUCGUCAUCAAACUUUACUCCAGGAAAGUCGUCAAUACACCAUUGAAAGACUGUCAUGGUGUAUAAACAGAUUAUUAGUGGUCGAGAAGUAUUUGAACAAAACCUCAACCUCUUCUGAUGCAAAUGAGAGUGGCAAUGAUUCCUUCAAUGUGACCACAAUGUAUUUUGUCAACUGGAUUGACCACACAUUUGAAGUGCUUGGUAAACUUGCCGAUGCUGUCUAUAAGACUGAUUACAAGGAAUCCGAGGAACUUUAUGAUCAAUGGAAGGAUACUAUGGUGGAGUGUGUGAGCGAGCUCCAUGUGUCCAUUGACGAACUUCUGCUUUCAGCAAUGACACUGUGCAGAUAUUGUCUGGCUGAUGACCAGCAUAUUGUGAAGGCACGCUGUCAAGUGGUAUUGAGAGAAACUAAAGCACUACUUGGUGAAUUGAUACAAGGGGAUCUUAGCGCAACUGUUAAAGCUUCACCAGACACAUUAAAGCUACCUAUAAUGCCAUCAAAUGUUAAUGUGCUCAUUGAUGUACUAAAGGAUGUCUUGUAUGCCCUUGAGACCAACACCAACACGGCCCUACUAGCAUUAGUAGCACACUGUUUUACUUACAACAAGUCUCCUAUAUCUAUUCUCAAAGACCAUUUCAAUAAUGGCACUAAAGGGACUUGCUCUUGUCUGCUCAAGAGUGAAGAUGAAGUCACGGAAAAUUGCUCUUUUGUAAAAGAUUUUGAUUUAUACAACGAGAGGUUGCUGCAGAUUGGAAACUUUGCUGUUUCCUGCUCAUCUGAUCAAAAUAGGAUCCUGUCACUUCGAAGUGGUCUGGCCAGCUUGGAAGCUUUAGACCCUCAUUUGGUCCCAGCAUUGAUGAUGUCACCAGACAGCCACCAUGCCACACUGCUGAUCAACUCUUGGAAGCAUGAAGUUCAAGAAAUUCGAGAUAAUGUGUACUUGAUUGUAGAUCCAACUGCUUUUGCUGAGAAAUCGAAACAAAUGAUGCAUCAGAGAGUACUGGCAGUAUUGAAAGACAAUAGCUACAACAAUGCGGAUGUAUGUGCAGUCAUUAACAUGGGAUGCAUGGUAUAUGAUUUCUUCAAUGUGUAUGACAAAUAUGAGCCAGAUGCCUUGGAGCACCAUGAGAAGCUAUUAGUGUUGCUGUCUGAUUUGGAUAAAGUUCAAAAAGAAUGUAAAAUCGUUAGUAAUCUGUUGAGUUCGGAUAACGACUUUGUAUAUGACGUGAAAAUGCCGAAGAAUAAUAAAGAAGUGUCUUUCGAUCAACUUGUAAAGAGAUUGAAACUUCUGUACACACUGGUGUCAAGAAUUCACAGUUUGCAUCACCCUAAGGAGAAUGAGGACCAAUGGCUUGGUUGUGAAGGUGAAGAAGAACCACAGAUGGGCUACAAGAAUGCUACACACACUGUCGUUAAGAACUCCGAUACUUACGUACAAUCACCACGCAAACCCAUUAAUAUGUCCAGAAGCAUCUUCGCAAGAACCAACGUCCGCUCCUCAACAAGAAACUUCCCCUUAUUAAAACUAACGAAACAUUUGAAGACAAAAAUGUGUAGCGAACUCAGUUUCUCCGUUCAAUUGGAUCAACUGUUUAGUAACUCGGGAGAUCAUGAACAAAACGCCGCUUGCAAUGAAACAGUGUUUGUAAACAAACAACUGGGUAGAGUCAGAGAUUCGUCAUUCUCAGUUCUGUAUAACUUUUCGCCGAUUAGAAAUCGUCCGUCAUUGAGGAGAGCGGUGUUGAACAGACAGUGCAAGGUACCUGUUUACAGAGAUAUUGAAGUUAACGAUGAAAACAAUGGGGAUUAUGAGAAAGAAGAACUAAUGGAUGAAACUACGAGUCUACAAAUUACAGAUAUUCUCAAUCAAAUGAACGAUAUGACGAGUAUGCUAUCCACGUCCAAAUCAACUCAACCCAACGCAAGACAAGAAGGUUCUGGAAGGCCCGCGAAUAAUAUUGAAUCAAAAAAUGUACUGACUAUUAACGUUAAUAAUCAGAAUACGACUAUAACUAAGCAUAUAUGGAAUAUUCCAGUAAAUGCUAGUAUCGUGGAGAUGCCUCUAGAAGACAGUGCGGCUAAUAUAAGUGAGCCAUCCGAUGUCAAUACUUUGGAAAGAAUCCAUGAUCUGAAAUACGUUGAAAGCAAACUGAAUACUUUGAAGUGCCAGUUAGAAACUAGCUUGUAA